GAGGAAGCAAAUAAGCCAUAUCGCGCAUUGAAGGAAGCUGUUGAGGUAUUCAAAGAGCACGAUGGCGUGAUCAGGGAGGGUUUCUGCAAGUUCUUCGGGGACAGUAAGUUCGCGACAAGUCAGGUUGGCAAUCUUAAUGCACUGCAUUACUCGAGCCUUGAAUGGGCAGAAUUAUGUCCCGUGCUCUGGUCGAAGCAAAUCCGAUUGUGUUGGACUGGUCUAUGGCAGUGGUCCAUAAACCAUGCUCGACGUGAACCUCAGGACCUUUCCCAAGAGCAGAAGGCCAGCCUCAUCGCUAGUUUAGAUGGGUAUUGCGUACAGGAAGAUUUUGAUUUCAUUUAUUCCCGCCUUCCAGAACGGUUACAAGCCCAUUUCUUACCAAACAUGGUGGCGAUCUACCUUUUCAAGGACUGUGUUGAAAAGUUCUUUACCAAUCCCUUCUGGUAUACUGUGCCCCGGCCGGGCAUGAAGAAAGCGGAUCUUGAGAAAGCUGGCUUCGGAACCCAAGUCUACAACAUCUAUAAGAACAUUCUUGCGGAUAAUCCACGGAAUGCUCAUCUUUGGAGGGUAUGGACAACCCGUUUUUCCCAUCCAUCAACCGAGCUUGGCACUGAGACGGUCUCUCAUCGGAUCUCUACCGCCAACGCCCUAUGCACGGAGGUUUGGAACAAGGACCUCUUGCAGUCCCUAACCCGCACUCUCGGCGGCUCAGCUGUCUCCGACGGGUUUUCCUGGCUACAGCGCAUCUAUAACGACUUCGCUACAGCAGCAGUGACCAUGUCAGCCCAUCUCUCGUACGUGCAUUUCGGGACUCUCGAGGACCCCAGCCCUCUAUUUUCCCGCUCUUCGAAUGAUACCGAGGCAUCAGGCGAUCAUGUCACAGGAGAAAACCUAGAUGGACAUCGGAUCCUGGUCCUAGAGCAUCCUGCUGUCUACAUCUGUGGCGGAUGGGACAACCCAAAUGAAAGACGCCUCCAAAAGAAAGCCGUUGUUCAAAUUUCUGAAAGGAAGGAGUCGAGCAGCCCAUGA